AUGGAAACCGAAAGCAGCGGGGAGCCAGCUGUGACAAUCGAAAUGUCAGAGACGGACACAGAGAGCUUCGAGGACCUCGGUCCGCGAGUCGCUCUUGCAAAUGGAGGAGUCACACAGGCGGAAGUCACCACCAUUCCGUCGAUCGAAGAAGUCCCCGAAGGAACGCUGGUGAAUCCAACUCAUGAUCCACCGGCUGUCAACAUCUCCAAUGCAUCGUUGACUGUUCCUGCUUCUAGCGGAGUUGUCAGAAGAUCUAUCGACUCUGAAUUUAGGCCCUCCGAAACUACAAUCGCUGCUGCUGAAAUGGUGCACCAAAUGGUUUCAACUGGAAAAGAAAAAGCCAAAACGUGGGUUAAAGCAUACGCAAAUCUGGACAACUUACGACCACAUUUCGAUGUGGAGCCAAGGACCGUUGUCAAUCGACUCAUUCAGAGCUUCGUACCAAUUACUGAUCUAAGCUCUCCGGAAAAAGUUCCGACCGAGCUCUACGGACCGUUAGUCACAUCUCUCACCCUUGUCGCAGUGCUACAAAUGAACAUGAAGACCUCAAAUACCUCUUUGGAAGAAGCGACAUUAAUAGAAACUGCGCUGACCACGUGCUUUGGGUACUGGGCAUUUCUAUCCGGCGUUAUCAUUGGAUUAUCUUAUCUAUGUAGCACGUACAUCAAUAAAAUUCAGGCAUGUAGUAUUGCUGGCUAUGGAAUGGUCAGUCACGUUGUGGUGUCUUUCCUCGCCGAGUUUUUCCAGUACGAUAGGACUCCCUUUUUUAUGUUUUGGUUUACCAUCUGCGGCGCUUCUAGUGCCCGAAUGGCCACUACUAUGAAACCGACGCUGCUCCAAGGUCACGAGCGUUCGCUCACUCAGAUCAAAUACAACAGAGACGGCGAUUUGCUCUUCUCCACUUCCAAGGAUAAAUCGGUCUCUGUCUGGUUCAUCGACAACGGAGAGCGACUUGGAACUUACGAAGGUCACCAGGGUUCCGUCUGGGGAGUUGAUCCCAACUGGGAAACCACACACCUUGUAACUGGUGGCGCUGAUUUCACAGUCCGAAUUUGGGACAUUGAAACCGGCAAAAAUUUGACCACUAUCGACGAUAAAAAUGGCGGCCUUACUACCUCCGCCAAGUCAGUAAAGUUUUCCUACUGCGGAAAUCUUAUCGUUUUCCCAUCUGGUGCUGAAAUGAGACAGACCCCCGCUUUGAACGUUUUCGACAUCAGACAGCCAGCCACGCAAGGACCAGUCAAGCGACAAGAAGUUCCCAAGAGCGAUUACCAAGACUCUGUUCCCGUCAAGACUCUCUGGGGGUACAACGAUGAAACAAUCAUCUCCGGAAACGACAACGGAAACUUGUACAUCUGGGACGCCAGGGGCCUUCAGCUUCUUCACAAGGAUACAACUUCUCAUGAUAAGAUCAUCAACGACAUGCAGCUUUCAAAAGAUAAGACGAUGUUGAUCACUGCUUCGAAGGAUAAGUCAGCCAAGCUCUUUGACUCGACCGAUUUGAACAACUUGAAGGUCUACAAAUCCCAAGUACCAGUUAACUCUGCAAUGAUCAGUCCUCGAGCUAAUCACGUUGUUAUUGGUGGUGGUCAAGACGCCAAGGAUGUCACAACGACGGACGCCCGAGACGGUAAAUUCGAAGCUCGAUUCUUCCACUUGCUCAUGGAGCAAGAAUUCGGCUCGAUCAAGGGUCACUUCGGUCCCAUCAACACGCUCGCUUUCCACCCCGACGGCAAAAGCUACUGCUCCGGCGCUGAGGAUGGUUACAUCCGAGUCCACAAGUUCGAUCGCGAUUACCUGGCCUACAACGACGACGUGUUCUAA